AUGUUUGCGAGCAUGGGGUAUAGGGCUGGGGCUUGCGCGGAUACGCAGGUGUGCGCGGCAGUACGGGUGUUUACGGCCUUCGGCUCACAGGAGUUCGUCGGAGUCCGGGCGGCGCCGUUCCUGGCGGGCUCGCUGCUUGGCUUUUCAGAAACGACGCUCGCCGUUCAAUAUCGAGCAGGCGUGAGUGCACAUGUCACACUGUGCGUCGUCCGACAUCAACAUGGAGGUCGGCGAUCGCUGUCUCGCUCUGUUACUGGGAGGACAAAUAAUGGAGUGUUCUUAUAA